CGCACCUGGUGCGUUUAUUGUUUUACAGCCCAACCGAGAGAGACGGUGAAACUGUAAACAAGCGCAGCGCCUGACGUCGAUGGACACGCACACAACCAGGAAGACAGGUGUUAUUUUCCCAACCUCCCGCCCACUCUGCCGAAAUAGUUAGGAGGAGGCUUUGCGAGCAGGUAGACGAACUUUGGAGCCGUAUAACUUUUUUAAAAAGGCAACUCCACGGAGUGACUGCAAUAGCCACACUUCCACAGAUCUUUGCAGAGAUUUAUGGUCUUUACUGCGGGUAGAGAGCCUGCCAUGGAAAAAGACAAAGAAAAACAAAGGCCUCCUCAUGGUCAGCUGAUUUCUGUGCCUCCCCGGGAUACAGCCCGUCUCCUGGAGAUGUACGUCAAACGUAGCCUCAGUCUAAAUGAUGGUACGCAUGGGCUUAAAGCUGCUGGGAGGAAAGAAAAAUGGGUGACAAUGCCAAAAAAAUCAAGACGGCAUUCGAGUGACCCCUCCCUUCACCUGGCCCCUUCACUUGAGCAUUCAGACGAUGGAGAAAUUGAUACGUUCGCUCCAGUCGAGCCUGUACCAAAACCUGAGAAAUGUCCUGAGGAAUCAGAGAAACCAACAAAAAUAUCAAAGAAGACCAAGAAAACCUCAUUUUGGAAAAAUAUACUUGGCUUUUUCACCCGGAAGGGCAAUGAGGACAAAGAUGACGAGCAGGAUACUUCAUCGGACAAGUCCAGUACCUCUAACACCGCAAUUACCUGCCUGCCCGUGACUCCAGUCACCUUACCAAAGAAGCCUCUAAGAAGAAAGUCCCUAAAAAGAAGAUUCUCAAAAAGGCCACUAUCUCUGAUAAAAUCAAAUAGACCUGUUGACAUCACUGGGGUUGAAGCUGUCAUCAGCGUAGCACCAACAGACUCUUAUUAUGAGAAGGUGUCAGAGGAACUGGAAAAAAUUGUCCAUGAGGUCAAAGAAAAAGAGGAAGUUGUAUCUCUUUCAGAUGAGGAGAUAAUUAACAGGAUCAUUGCUCUGACAAAGGAACAGGGGGAUGCCAUAGAGCUCAAGCUGAAAGAUAACCCCACCCUGAGCAACUUCUUCCAGCAAAUGACCUACUCUUCCUUCCAGAAGCUUGCUGAUGCAUAUGUUGAGAAAGAAGCCUCACCAGCCCAAAAACCUCCCACCGUCUUACCAACAGCACCUGAGCUGGUCAAACUGGCCUUCACACUCGACUUCACGGCCAGGAUAGCCGGGCUUUCCAAGCAGAAUACAGGGCACAUUACCGGUCUGGGAAACCGUUAUCUACGGGACCGAUUUGAAUACAGACAGGUAUGCACAGAUCAUCCAUGGUCUGACAGUGAUGACUGAGAAGCAGCCAUGCAGAAACACAACUGCAUGACAUUCUGACAACUUCUAGUAGUUUGUGAAACGUCCCAUGCACCGGUUUCUCUUUGGAAGUAAUAUUUUAACAGACUUGCAUCAUCCUUUACAUAACUUUUUUUUUUUCUUUUCUCUGUUUUGUGAUUGAGUGCUUGUGAAACUGUUGCAACAGGAUGACUGUUGAUAAAACAGUUUGGCAAGUAUAAAUAUAAAGAGAAGUGUUGUCUUUCACAUGCAAGUUCAACUGAGAUAUUAGUAAACUACUAAACCGUACUGCAUUAGCUGGUUUCACAAACCAAAAAAAAAGCUGUGACAUGUUGCCAGGUUGAAUUGUGUGUGUUGAUUUGUAAUAAUGUGAAAGAGCAGUGCAAUAAUAUUUAAUGUUAAUAAGCUAGACAACUUGCAAUCUUUUUAAAUUUUCUUUUGUAACCUAAAGUAUGACUGAUGAUUGUUUUCAUGAAUGCUGGCAUUCAUAUUAAAUACUAAAAAGAUAUUUAUAUUUCUGGUUUUUGCCCUUGAGAAUUACUGUAUAUCUACAGCCACUGUCAGGCUUAAUUUACUUUCAGGAUGAUCAUAAACAAAGCAACACAAAAAUCGAGACUUGCAUGGGCCUUAACUUGUUGGGGAAAUAAUUGUUGUGAACAUUAUUCCAGGCAAUCCAUUAUUCUUCCUCCACCCAUUAAAUAGAAAGUGAACACAAAUGGAAUGAAUGAAACAUCACCCUGAGUCUAAUACGUAGCUGCACAAACUUGUUUAGGAGUUCACUUCUCACUUCUUAACCUUUGAAUUCAGGUAUUUUCAGUCCCACUGCCACAGGUGCAUAAAAUCAAGAACCUAACUAUGCAGUUUGCCUUUACAAACUUUUGAAAGAGCUCACUGAAUUUGAGCAUGGUACUGUAAUAGGAGUUGCUCUUGUAAGUAGUGUAUAGGUGGCCCAGUAGUUUUGUACAGUAUAACAGGUGGCAGGUUGCUUUUAGACACUACCCCAUGUCAAGAGGUCAAAAGUCAGAAAGACUGAGAAGCACUUUUCUGACAUAAAUUGAACAAGUUAAAGAAAUGAAAAGACCUCGAUUCAGCCACAUCUUUGUGUUUUGCUAAAAUAGCCUGAAGCAUAGGACAACAUAUUUUAAAAGCGGUGCAACCCUGACAGUGAAAUUGAUUUGUUAAAGCUGCUGCAACUAUUCAUAAAGUGUGUUUUCAUCAGCUAAAUGCUUUGCAAAAAAUUAUAGCAUUCUCAAAGUAAAAAAAAAAAAAUUACAUUUACAGUUCAAAGUGUAUAAAUAAUGUUGUAUAGACGCUGCUUGAUAGAAUUUAUAAUAUAUUUGGAACAAGCAAAGAGACAAGCAAAUAUUAGAUGGAAUUUAACACAAUUACAUGAUUAAGACUUACAGUGCUAUGAACUCAAGGGAUUUUGUGCUGAGCUCUACUGAAAACAGUAAAAUGAACUGCAUGGUGAUCAUAACUCUACCAAGACGUCCUGACUCACUGCUGUGUGACACGAACCGCUGAAAUCUAAUUAUGUAAACCAUGAAGCAAAUUCCAUACACCCAUGUUAAUUCUUUAAUUUCAAAGGCAGCAUUAAGAGCUUAAUUUGCUUACUUAGUGACCUAAAUUCAGGUAAGUCACAUAAGGUAAAAACAUGAUGUGGAAGAUGGCAGGUAGUGGAAACUUUUAAAGAUAUAACUGUCAUAUAUUGACAUGUAAUGUGUGUUUGUUUUUUCUUUCCUUUUUUGUGUAAUUUAAGUAUUUAUAUGUUUGUCAAAUGAUACAAAUAAAGGCUUUUUUUUUAAAGAAAGAAAGAAAAAUCCAGGUCAC